ACCUGAAUUUUGGCCAUCUUGAAACGUUCGACAUAGUUACUUCCUACAGACUGAAAAUUAAACAACAAAGAAACAAUAAUAAGAAUACAAUUGAUUUGUUAAAAUAAGCGACAUACUGCAAUGUUGUCCCCCCAAAGCCUCCUGAAUCAUAAAUUUGAUGUCAUGUUCAGGAAGGAAAACAUUCUGGAUAGUUUACAACUUCCCAAUCGAUCAAACUGGUUACCAAGUGCCGUUGCCCCUAGAACUGCUACUGGGCAGCGAUGAGUUUAUUUGUUAUUUCGUUACCUUCCAUCCCCCCACGAGCUUAUUGGUUGGGUUCCCGACCAACUGCUUGUAUAAUUUUUUAAACUUGCAAAGGCAAAACGCAAACGUGUAACGCCUACAUCGUGCAAUCAUCGUGUACUCAGUGACCUUUUCAAGUUCUUAAAUUGAUAGAAUAGUUGCAAGACACGCAGAGCUGGCGGGAUAAAAACCGCCGGGUUUCCAACAUACCUCACUAUGUGGAACGCCAUGUCGAUGAAAGAAGCAGUGAAACAAUGGGAGGCCCACACCCAGCAAAAGAUCUCCACAGCAGUCGAAAUUAAGCUGAUAGGCAUCUGUCCGUCACUCGACAAGAUGGAUACAGUGAUGCUAUCAUUCAUUACCUGCGAAAAAUUAUCUUUGUCGUCCAAUAACAUCGAACGAAUCGCCAAUCUGGGCAGCAUGAAACACCUAAAGAUCUUGUCAUUGGGUCGAAACAGCAUCAAAUCCAUCUCUGGCAUAGAAGCUGUCAGCGAGACGCUGGAAGAAUUAUGGAUCAGUUACAACCAAAUCGAGAAGCUCAAAGGUAUCGGAGUGAUGAAGAAGUUGCGCGUGCUGACCAUGUCCAAUAACUUGGUUCGCGAAUGGGCCGAAUUCAUGAGGCUGGCCGAGGUGCCUAACCUUAAAGAGCUAGUUUUCGUUGGCAAUCCGCUAGAGGAGCGAUGUACCAGCGAGGGUGUUUGGCGUUCAGAGGUCGUCAGACGACUGCCCAAUUUAGCCAAACUUGACGGCCAGCAAUGCAUGGAAACGGAGGUGAACUUGUCGGAUGCUCAAACCGAAUUACGACCUACGUCUGCCGAAAGCGAAGACAAUGAAGAGGGUGACGCGAGGAAAUUCAAGAACUCGGGUGACGAGGAAGAAGAAAAUGAAGAAGAGGAAGAUGAAGAUGAAGUCGAAGAGGAAGAAGAAGGCGACGAAGAGGAAACGCAAGAAGAAAAUCCAGAGAACUGCAUUGAACCGCAAAUGGAGUUGAGCGUGACUAGUAACCCAGUCACGCACUGCCUUGAACCAGUGACCGAAGAAAUCGGCCUCAAAGAAGAGUAAGUAACAUUUUUCUUUUUUUUUUUAUUUUGUAUGGAUGUCUUUGGCUUUAAUUCUUUUGAGCGAAGAAGAAGAAUAAAAAGAAAGCGAUUGUUGGAAUUAAAC